AUGGCGUGUUUCAAUGGGUGUUAUAAACGAGUACAACAAGCACAUCACAAUGGUUGGUCUGAUGAGCAAAUUCUUGAGAAUGCACAUCAAUUGUACAAAUCUGAAAAUAACAACUCAAAUUUUCUGCUUGUGGACUGUUGGAGAUUACUAAAGGAUGAGCCAAAAUGGAAUACAAUAUACCAACCAAAAGGUGGUAAGAGAACAAAGGUGUCAGAAUCAGGGGCAUUUACUUCUUCUUCCAAUGCAGGCAUCAGUGAUGAUGAAGUACGUGAAGUGCACCCUACUAGCCAAAAGGCAGCAAAGAGAAAAAGGAAGGAAAAAAAAAAGACACAUACUAGAUUUAUAGAGAUUAGUGAACGAAAAGCAUCUGCAUUGGAGAAAUUGGUAGUGAUAAAGGAGAAAGAGGCAGAAGAUAAUAUGAUGACAAAAUACAUGGAUUAUCUCAUUGUGGACACGUCCCAUAUGACUCCUAAGCAAAAAGAAAGAUCAUGA